UUCUUUGGAGACACUGUAACGCCCAGUGCUCUACUGCCCGCAGAGAGGUUCUGCCUGCUUCUGGAGACUCUUUCCUUGGAGGUGGUGCUACCCUGUGCCUGGUCCACAGGGGAUGGGUGACCUGUUCAUCCCACCCCCUUUCUCGGUGGAGAUGGCCAGGCUCUGUCUCCUAGCAACGCAGAAGGAGAACCCACCGAUGUCGACAUCUUGCUGCUGAGGCCAAACGAUGUGGAACCGCUACCAGGAACCACAGCUCAUAAAGGGAGUCCCAGCUGGGCUGCUUCUGGGGGUUGUGGCCUUGCUGAGGUUGUUGGGGACACAUGGCUACGAUCCAGCGGACUGCGGGAAACGACCCCUGGCCCCCAUCCACGGCGGCAGCAUGAGAAUUGUGGGUGGUGUCGACGCCCUGGCUGGAGAGUGGCCCUGGCUUGUCAGCGUCCAGAUCCCCUCUUCCAAGGGAACGCGGCACUCGUGCGGGGGGUCCAUCCUUUCCAAGCGCUGGGUCGUCACAGCAGCUCACUGCUUCAAGACUAAGAGAAGCUCACUGAAUCGCUGGAGGAUUGUGGUGGGUGCCACCGACCUUUCCAAGUUGCCGGACGAUGUGCAAAUCCGCUCGGUGCACAAAGUCCUCCUCCACCAGGAUUACAACCCGCGCACGGAGGCCAACGACAUUGCACUGAUAAAGCUCGAGAAACCUGUGGCAUUUAGUGACUACGUUCAGCCAGCCUGCCUGCCUCUUGUCACCAUGGGCUCUGAUACCAGCUUCUCAGAUUGCCAUAUCAGUGGCUGGGGCACCACCUCCCAGAACAGUGUGAAGACAUCGGACAUCCUUCAGGAGGCGAGAAUCAACAUUCUGGACACCAAGAAAUGCAACAGCAGCCAGUGGUACAAUGGGGCCAUGAGUCCUCACACCAUAUGUGCAGGAUAUGAGGAAGGGGGCAUUGACAGCUGCCAGGGUGACAGUGGGGGCCCCCUGAUGUGCAAGACAAGCCAAGAUUCCCCGUAUUAUGUGAUUGGCAUCACCAGCUGGGGAAAGGGCUGUGCCCAGGCAAACAACCCAGGAAUCUAUACCUUUACCAAAGACUUCCUUGAAUGGAUCUUGGGGGAGAUGGUGGAAGCCAAAGGGCAGAAGCCCAAGAAGAAGAAGAAGAGAAAGUCACCCGGUGGAAUAACGCUCCUGCCUAACAGAAAGGACAUCUUGAUGACACAAGAGCCAGCAACUAACCCAAAGGUGGCCACUGGUCCUCUGUCCACAAGCGCUCCUUCAGCAGCACCUGAAACCCCCACAGAGGUGCUCACAGUCCCUCUGCCCACAGAUGCCCCAGAAACUUCCUCACAGGGGCUCACAGUUCCUCUGCCCACAAAUGCCUCUGAAACUUCCUCACAGGUGCUCACGGUCCCUCUGCCCACAGAUGCCUCCAAAAAGACCGCACAGGUGCUCACGGUCCCUCUGCCCACAGAUGCCUCCAAAAAGUCCCCACAGGCGCUCACAGUCCCUCCGCCCACAAAUGCCUCUGAAACUUCCUCACAGGUGCUCACGGUCCCUCUGCCCACAGAUGCCUCCAAAAAGACCGCACAGGUGCUCACUGUCCCUCUGCCCACAGCUGCUUCUCCAAAAGCCCAUGGUGCUCACGCAACACAUCCCACCAAACGCCGUCCUCGAAGGCCCAAGGCAACUUUGAGGUCCCCGCACAAAGAUCCAGAGCCAACCAUCCUUGUGGAGCCCCCUUUCAUACCCCCAAUAAUUACACCUCCCCCUAUUGAAGCCCCAUAUGUCCCUUCAGAACGAACGGUCACCCUGGAAGCACCCUAUUUCCCUCAAGAAACAGCACCCAAACCUCUAGCUCCUCCACGUAUUCCUAAAGAAAUACAGCCCACUGCUCUAGAGGCCCCCUACAUCCCCCCUGACGUGACUGCAUCUCUGGAGCCCCCCUAUAUUCCUCUGGGGGAGCCUUACACUGCCCCAGAGCCUCCAUUUCUUCCCCCACCACCCAAAUACAUCUCUCCAAAACAAGGCAGUGUCUCAUCCAAUUCCUCAGAGUCCCCGUAUGUCCCACAAGACAGACCAUUCGCUCUGGAUCCCCCAUAUAUUCCUCCAGAGACAUCAGUCACUCUGGAGCCUCCAUACAUCCCCCAAGAAACACCCCCAGGGGCAACUGCCAUUCUGGAUCGCCCAUACACUCCGCCAGAGAACCCCGUCACUAUAGAACCCCCAUUCAUCCCCCCAGAGAACCCUGUCAUUUUACAGGCUCCAUACAUGCCUCAAGACAAACCGGUCACUCUGGAGCCUCCAUACACCCUGUCAGAGACACCGGUCACCCUAGAACCCCCAUACACUCCUCCAGAGACGCUGGUCACCCUACAACCCCCAUACACUCCUUCAGAGACAUCAAUCACUCUAGAACCCCCAUACACUCCUUCAGAGACAUCAGUCACCCUACAACCCCCAUACACUCCCCCAGAGACAUCAGUCACUCUAGAACCUCCAUACACUCCCCCAGAGACAUCAGUCACCCUAGAACCCCCAUACACUCCUCCAGAGACACCUGCCACUCUGGAGCCUCCAUACACCCCACCAGAGGCACUUGUCACUCUAGAACCCCCAUACACCCCACCAGAGACACCUGCCACUCUGGAGCCUCCAUACACCCCACCAGAGGCACUUGUCACUCUAGAACCCCCAUACACCCCACCAGAGACACCUGCCACUCUGGAGCCUCCAUACACCCCACCAGAGGCACUUGUCACUCUAGAACCCCCAUACACCCCUCCAGAGACACCUGCCACUCUGGAGCCUCCAUACACCCCACCAGAGGCACUUGUCACUCUAGAAUCCCCAUACACCCCACCAGAGACACCUGCCACUCUGGAACCUCCAUACACCCCACCAGAGACACCUGUUGCCCUAGAACCCCCAUAUACCCCUCCAGAGCCACCUCUCACACUGGAGCCUCCAUACACCCCUCCAGAGCCACCUGUCACCCUAGAACCCCCAUAUAUUCCUCCAGAACCACCUGCCACCCUAGAACCCCCAUAUAUCCCCCCAGAGACACCUCUCACUUUGGAGCCUCCAUACAAUCUCCCAGAGACACCUGUCACCCUGGAAGCCCCCUACACUCCCCCUGAGAUCCCGUACACUGAUCCAUACCCUCCAUACAUCCCUCCAGAGGCCCAAAAUAUCCCAGAAGGUUCAGCUGAGAACCCAGAGGCACCAUAUAGCAUUCAAGUGGCUGCUGACCCUCCCAAGUCUUACAAGCGUUCUCCAGCAUUCUAUGCUAUUCGCAUUCCCCGAGCUGCUCCUCCAGGCCGACGCUGGCAACCGGCGAGAGAGCAGGAAGCAGCAAUCGCAAAGAGGAUGAGAAGGCUGCUUCUUGCUCUCCUGGCCCUCAUCACAACCUGCCCUAUGCAUGGCGCAGAUGACAGCUGCAGUGGAAUUUGUGGGAGGCGCCCCUUGGCAUCCAGCCACAGCAGCUCCCUUCAGAUGGGGGGAGGCGUCAACGCCUUGCCAGGAACCUGGCCUUGGAUGGUCAGUAUCCGGACGCCUUUCCGGUCAGGUUAUCAGCACACCUGCGGAGGGUCCCUCAUCAGCGCCAAGUGGAUUCUGACCGCAGCCCACUGCUUUAGAGAUAAGAGAUAUCUAGAAAAUUGGGAGCUGCUGUUGGGUUCCACCGUGCUCUCCCGGCCUGGCCCUGAUGCGGAGGUGCGCUUCCUCAAGAGGGUGGUGGAGCACGAGAGCUACAUACCACAGCAGCAAGUCAACGACAUCGCCUUGAUAGAGCUGGAUGACCCGGUCCAGUGCAGUGACUACAUCCAGCCUGCCUGCCUGCCAGAGAGCUUUGUGGACGUGGCUGCCAUGGCCCAUUGCUACAUCGCUGGCUGGGGUUACACGCAUGAGAAAUCGAAUGCUCCAUCCGACAUCCUGAAGGAGGCCAAAGUGGAACUUAUUUCCCAAGAAAGGUGCAAUAGCACUUCCUGGUACUAUGGAAGCAUCAGAGUCAACAACCUGUGUGCAGGGUUCGAGGCAGGAGGCAUUGACACUUGCCAGGGCGACAGUGGCGGACCCCUCAUGUGCCGGGAGGAUCGCUCCGAGCGCUACUGGGUGGUCGGGAUCACCAGCUGGGGACUGGGCUGCGCCAGAGCCCAGAAACCUGGCGUCUACACGUCCACGCAGCACUUCUUCGACUGGAUCCAGAGCUACACAAGGCCGAACUCACAACCGCCCCCGGUGCCGACCGAGGAGGAAGAGCAGGCGCCUGAAGAAACUGAGCCGCCUCCGCCACUCGAGCCAAAUCUGCACAUGUCUGAGUCGGACUGGUCAGAGAUAUUAGCCCCGCCGCAAACGGAAACAGCACCCGAACCAAAUCCUCAGCUCCCACCCCAGAAACCCAAACGACCGAGAUUGCUUCGGUUUCCAGAGCUGCCGCCCGCAUCUGAAGCACCACCCCAAAGGGCAGAGCCACAGCCUGUAACAGACACCAUGACCACCACUACCACCACUACCACCACCACCACCACUACCACCACCACUACCACCACGACACCCACCACUACCACCACCACUACCACCACGACACCCACAACUACCACCACCACUACCACCACGACACCCACAACUACUACCACAACACCCACAACAACAACAACGACCCCGUAUGAUUUCAGGCCAUUUAUUCCAAAACGCAAAAAGAACAGAGAAAUGAUCACCAGCGUCAUGUACGGCAGCAGUUGGGGUAACUGGCCUGGCAAACGGGCGCCAUUACAAGCCUGACGUCGGCGUUUGUGAUGCAGCCCAUCCUUUUAUUAACUUUAUAAACGUUCAUUUACGCAAGCAAAGUGUUCCACAAUGGAGCGUGUCGGUAUAUCCAAUGUGUUGAAAUCGUUGUGCUUAAAAAUAAAGACAUGCCACGCUUUGCUUGUGUUCGAA